CGUCCCAUGGUCACACGCUCAAGUUCUUUGGACUUUGAAGCACUAACGCGGUUCUUUUUCCAAUAUUUUGCGACUGCCUCUUUCCUUCACUUCGGGAGCGGGAAGGUGCCAGCUUCUGGGUCUAUGUCUCCAUCACUUGCACCCAGUUCCUGCACAUCCCCUGUCUCAUUCCGGCUCCUCACUAGAGGAUUGGCAUCAUCUUUUCCAUUUUGCAACUUGAGAAGCGGAGGCUGCCUAAGUCCUGGCUGCCUCUUCCCCUCUCUGGAGCAUCAUGAUAGUAUCCUAGCAAGUCACCCACUUCAGUGUCCCUUUAAACUGCCCCCCCACCCCGCUUUCGCUUUUUAAACAAUUCAGUGAUUUGUAUGGUUGUGCAACUAUUGCCACAGUCCAGUUACAAAAUAUUUCCAUCAGCCUAAUAAGGUCCCCUCUGCUUGUUUGCCAUAAUUUCAGUUCCCAACUCCAGUCAUAGGCAACCACUAAUCUGCUUUCUAACUUUAUAAACUUCCCUUUCCUGGAUAUUUCUUACGAAGCUAAUCAUACAAUAUGUGGUCUUUUGCUUCUGGCUUCUUUCACGCUGUAAAAUAUUUAUCAAGGAUCAUCAUCCUACACGCAGUAGGUCCUUUUCCACUGCUGAAAAGUAUUCCAUUCCAUGGAUGAAGUACAUUUUAUUUAUUUCCCAGUUGAUGGACAUUUGCGUUUCCAGUCUGUUUUGAAUAAUGCUCCUAUAAAUAUCAUGCAGUUCUAUCUCCUCCAGAAAGCCACAGAAGUGCCGUCCUAUAGCUCUCAGCCCUCUGAGUCUGGCUGCCUUCCCAACCCAUCCUUCAACACCCAGAGCGAUCUUUUCAAAAUGUACCUGCACCCUCCCCCGGCACCUGCUGCCGAGCUAGGAAGGGCAAAAACAACUCCAGUCGGCACCGCGUCGGGAGUCUCCGCCCCUCCUCCUCGGCUUGCUCCUCCCGGCGCCUCCCCGGCCCCGCCCCCACCUGCCCAGGAUAAUUUUAGUUUCCCUGGGCCUGGAAUCUGGACACGCCGAGCUCCCGCCUCCUCCUCGACUUCCACGUCCAGGGUCGGGACCCUCUCCUAGCACCUGUCGAGAAGCCGGAGUGGUUUUGAAAUCAAAUUCAGGUCCCUGGGGUCCCUAGACAGAGGCAGACUUUGACCUGGUGACCUGCUGCCGCUGCUGGGGCUCGUUCAGGACAAGGCUUGCGAGCAGCUGGAAUCGGUCCACCUCCCUUAGAUGUCAUGGAGCUGGAUCUCUCCCCACCUCAGCUCAGCAGCUCCCCAGAAGACCUGUGCCCAACCCCUGGCACCCCGCCUGGAACUCCUCCGCCCCAGGACGCCCCUCUGUCUGGGGAGGUGAAGAGGUCCCAGCCUCUGCCCAUCCCGACCUGCAGGAGACUCCCAGAGGAGGAGCGGCAGGCAACCUCUCUCCCCUCCAUCCCCAACCCCUUCCCUGAGCUCUGCAGUCCUCCCUCAAAGACCCCCAUUCUCGGGGGGCCCUCCAGUGCAAGGGGACUGCUACCACGAGAUGCUAGCUGCCCUCACGUGGUGAAGGUGUACAGUGAGGACGGGGCCUGCCGCUCGGUGGAGGUGGCGGCAGGCGCCACGGCUCGCCACGUGUGUGAAAUGCUGGUGCAGCGAGCGCAUGCCCUCAGCGACGAGCACUGGGGGCUGGUGGAGUGCCACCCCUGUCUAGCCCUGGAGCGGGGUCUGGAGGACCACGAGUCUGUGGUGGAAGUGCAGGCGACCUGGCCCGUGGGUGGAGACAGCCGCUUCAUCUUCCGGAAAAACUUCGCCAAGUACGAACUGUUCAAGAGCCCCCCGCACUCCCUGUUCCCAGAAAAGAUGGUCUCCAGCUGUCUCGAUGCCCACACCGGCGCAUCCCAUGAAGACCUCAUCCAGAACUUCCUGAAUGCCGGCAGCUUCCCCGAGAUCCAGGGCUUCCUGCAGCUGAGGGGCUCAGGUCGCAAGCUGUGGAAACGCUUCUUCUGCUUCCUGCGCCGGUCUGGCCUCUAUUACUCCACCAAGGGCACCUCCAAGGAUCCAAGGCACCUACAAUAUGUGGCAGAUGUGAAUGAGUCCAAUGUCUAUGUGGUGACCCAGGGCCGAAAACUCUACGGGAUGCCCACGGACUUUGGCUUCUGUGUCAAGCCCAACAAGCUUCGGAAUGGCCACAAGGGGCUUCGCAUCUUCUGCAGUGAGGAUGAGCAGAGCCGCACCUGCUGGCUGUCUGCCUUCCGUCUCUUCAAGUAUGGGAUGCAGCUGUAUAAGAAUUAUCAGCAGGCCCAGUCUCGCCACCUGCGUCCAUCCUAUUUGGGUUCCCCGCCCUUGAGGAGUGUCUCGGAUAAUACCCUGGUGGCUAUGGACUUCUCCGGCCAUGCUGGGCGAGUCAUCGAGAACCCCCGGGAAGCUCUGAGUGCAGCCCUGGAGGAGGCCCAGGCCUGGAGGAAGAAGACAAACCACCGCCUCAGCCUGCCCACCCCAUGCUCAGGCACGAGCCUCAGUGCAGCCAUCCACCGCACCCAGCCCUGGUUCCAUGGACGCAUUUCCCGCGAGGAGAGCCAGCGGCUCAUUGGGCAGCAGGGCCUGGUGGAUGGCCUGUUCCUGGUCCGGGAGAGUCAGCGAAACCCACAGGGCUUUGUCCUGUCCUUGUGCCACCUGAAGAAAGUCAAGCACUAUCUCAUCCUGCCGAGCGAGGACGAGGGCUGCCUCUACUUCAGCAUGGACGAUGGCCAGACCCGCUUCACGGACCUGCUGCAGCUCGUGGAGUUCCACCAGCUGAACCGUGGCAUCCUGCCAUGCCUGCUGCGCCUCUGCUGCACCCGCGUGGCCUUCUGACGGCCACGCGAGCCCAAGCCUGUACGGCCCAGCAUCAGGCGACCCGCCAUGCCUGCCACCCCUCCACUCAAGUGGACUCGGAGGGUGCAGAUAAUGGACAAUCCAGGGGCUUCCCCACUCCGGCUUCCCGGUUUCUUUACCUCCCUCAGGCAGAAGAUGCCCCCACCUCAUACACCCUCCAUCCCUCUCCCCAAGGGGAGGCCCUUGGUGGCACUCUCCCUUUGUGGAGCUCCUGGGGCACUGCUCCAGGGCAGGGCAUUCUGAGAGCAAUGGGGAGAGCCCAGCUGGUCUCAUGCCCUGCACUUUAUACAGACUGAGAGGCCAGUCAGUCCUCUGUGUUUUCUACUAGUGACAAUAAAGAUUAUUUUUUGAUACACCCAUGA